GCCGGACGCGGCCCAGCGGCCGAGCAGGAGGCGGCGGGCGGUGAGCGGACGGGACGGGGACAUGGCGGAGACCGGCUCCGUGCACGCCACCCGGUUCGAGGCGGCCGUGAAGGUGAUCCAGAGCCUGCCCAAAAAUGGUUCAUUCCAGCCAACGAAUGAAAUGAUGCUCAAGUUCUAUAGCUUUUAUAAGCAAGCAACCCAAGGACCCUGUAACAUUCCACGACCUGGAUUUUGGGAUCCGAUUGGUAGAUAUAAAUGGGAUGCUUGGAGUGCCUUGGGAGACAUGUCCAAAGAAGAAGCCAUGAUAGCCUAUGUUGAAGAAAUGAAAAAGAUUCUUGAGAGUAUGCCAAUGACGGACAAAGUUGAAGAAUUACUACAAGUAAUAGGCCCGUUCUAUGAAAUAGUAGAAGAUAAAAAGAACAGAGGAUCUGACCUAACCUCAGUUCAAAUGGAGAAAGUCUCUAAGUAUUUGGAAGACCUUAGUAAUGUCAUGAAUUCCACUCCAAAUAUAAAGGCUGUGAAUGGAAAAGCUGAAAGUAGUGAUAGUGGAGCAGAAUCAGAAGAAGAAGGGCUUCGUGAAGAGGAAGAAAAAGAACUGCAGCUAAAUGGAACGGACUAUAAGAAUGCGAAACCAGAAUCAGCAGCUACUAAAGAUUUGGAAAGUAUUGUUACUAAUGGCUGUUAUAAAGACAGCUUUAUCCCAGAUAUGCAGAAUGGCAUCCAGACCAAAUCUGCACUGAAUGGCUUGAACCCGGAGGAAGAAAUAAAGAAAAUGGAGCCAAGCCUAGAAAUAGCUAAUAACAGUGCUCACCAAGGUGCAAAUGAAGAGAGUACUGAAGAGGUCUCAGCAACUCAGCACUUAACCAGUGAUUCAGACAGUGAAGUUUAUUGUGACUCUAUGGAGCAACUCGGACUAGAAGAGCCCUUGGAGAUCAUCACAUCAGCUAAAGGAUCUUUAAAGCAUUCAUCCCAUUUCUUGGAUGUAGAUCACAGUCUUCUGUUAGAAAAUACGGAUUUUCCAAGACACGCUUGCAUGACUUAUGGGAAUCUCCAACCUGGAAAUACUGUAGAGGGAGCAGCUCAAGAACAAGGCGAAGUCAAGUGUGGAGGAGAAGAUGGCAAAGCCAGUAAUGGGGGCCCUCAUAAGGAGAAGAAAGGUGGAGAAAAAGCAGAUUUCUACAGUGUCAGAAGAGGGAGAGGGCAUAGACUUCAGCCUCUAGGAGAUGGUCCACAAGGUGGACAGAUGGGUAGUGGAGGGGACGGAGAGCGCUGGGGAUCAGACAGAGGACCCAGGGGAAGCCUCAAUGAACAGAUUGCAGUAGUGCUGAUGCGGUUGCAAGAAGACAUGCAGAAUGUCCUUCAGAGGUUGCAUAUGCUGGAGGCGGUUACAGCAUCACAGGCAAAAUCUGCAACACUACAGUCAAAUUAUCAGCCCGCCUCCUCUAAACCAUCAUGGUGGCCCUUUGAAAUUUCUCCUGGUAUUUUAGCUUUUGCUAUGGUAUGGCCAUUUAUUGCCCAGUGGUUGGUACAUGUAUAUCUUCAAAGAAAGCGAAGAAAACUGAACUGAGAAUUCAUGACUUUGCUUAAAGACUGCUAGGAGAAGAUGGCCCUGGAAAGCGAAGGAAUUCUGAAUUCUCAUAGAAUCUCAGAAUCUGGGAUGAUGUUCCUUCUGUUACAGUAAUAUUUUGUACUACCUUUGAGCUAAACAUUUAAGGACUAACAUUAUUGAAACUUGAAUGAUUCACAGCUCCUAGGUUACAAAUAAAAUAAACUUAAUAAUUCCAUCCUCAAAACCAUGUGAACAUUAGUUAUUUUGGAAUGUGCUUGUAGAGGGGCCUUCAGUAAUUACUGGUCUUGCCGAUGUCAGGUGAUGAAGAGAAUAUCAUCUUUGUAAAAGAAUAAGUGAAAAAUGUGUAGAACUGUCACUUUAAUCACACUGUACUGUCACUGUACGAUCACAACAUCCCUGCCUGUUUUUCCACAGGGUUACAUAUUAUCAGAUGAAAGCACUAAUAAAGAAUGAAUUCAAUACAUUGUAAGCUCUUGGAAAAAUACAGUAGAGCUCUGAGGAAUUCAACUGGUUAUUUUUGCUGCUAAACCAGUGUGGGGCAAAUUUCCAUGUAAAUUGGUCAGAAAUGAAGUUGAAUCCUUUGCUUAUCUUUUAAGAUUGUACAGGAGAUUUGGGAAUUGAUAUAUGUCUUGAAAGCUAGAGCCAUUAAUAACAGAGGGACUGUCAAAUAGAAGUUUGGAAACUGUGUGGUACAAGGGCUCCAUCUAAAGAGGCUGCACCUUAUAUUUUAACUUUGAUAAUUGUAUUCUCGUUGACAACAGCUUGUUUUAACUGAAAUGCAUAGUUUAGGCACAAGGUGCUUUAAAAUGAGAUGAAAGCUAGCUCUAAGUAUUUCUCUAUAAUUUUAAAAAGCUCAGUGCACUGUAAGUUUUCUGUUGUCAGUUUAUGUAUGUCAAAUUAAAAUAAGAUUUAAUCUAGCCCUAAUCUAUUGUGGACUUUUCCCAAGUCAUAUUAUGAAAAAUAUCAGUUCUGGUAUUUCUUUCUCUCUUAUCCUUCUACUUCCUUUCAAAACACAACUUUUCAGCUAAUUUUGGUGCUGAUUCUUUUUUUUUGUUCACAUAGUACUUAUUAACCAAUGUACAGAUAGAGU